CCUGCACAGUUUUUUGCGGAACUUUCUGCUGCUGAAACCAACAGUUUCCCUUGGACCUGGCCAUGGGCAAAACCGACGCGACGGAUUCUGCGGAUCCCCCGGACCCCAUUUUUGUGGUGGUGCAGUGGUCUAGCAGCGAGCCCAAGUUCUCUAAGAUUUCGUUGGAAGCUUCCGCCAGUUCCUGGACUUUGGCAAAAUUCAAGGCACAUGCAGCUGCAGUUCUGCAAGUAGAGCAUCUUCAGCUGCCAGAUUUCAAUGAGGACAUGGAUGAGAUGACCUUAAGUGACCUGAGCAUCGGCCUAACCAACGUUCCCAUCUUGCUGGACCUCGCCGGGGCUGAGCCGACCUUGGCCGUGCCGGCGGCGGCAACGGCUCCGGAGGACGAGGAGGAGGAGGCCGAGGCGGCAGUGGCAGAGGCAUCCGAGGCAUCCGCGGCAGUGCCCAAGGCAGUCCCCAAGGGGCCACCAUCCUUUGCCACGCGGAAGGCCUUAGAAGAUGCCUCAGAGGUGAAAGAUGGUUGGCUGUUUCUGAGUGGUCAAUUGGCUGCCAGCAGUUUGGACUGCCUCCAGCGCCUGGGAAUUAGCCAUGUCAUGAAUUGUUGUGAGAGGAUCCCCUGCAAAUUUAAGGGCAGAUUGAAGUACAAGGUGAUUCCGGUGAUGGAUACAAAGAGCUCCGACAUCCGGGUCUACAUCCCUGAUGCAGUGGCCUUCAUUGAUGAAGUGCUGGCAGCCAAAGGCAAGGUUUUAGUCCAUUGCAUGGUGGGCGCCUCUCGGAGCGUUUCUUUGGUGUUAGCAUGGCUGGUAGCUCAGUGCAAGCUUCCUUUGAAGCAAGCCUUUCAGCUGGUGCGCAGCAAGCGACAUCAAGCUCGGCCCAAUCGCAGCUUCUGUGAGCAAUUAAUGGACUUUGAAGAAGAAACUCUUGGAAGUCGCAGUGCCUGUUUGGCAGAUUUCUUUCACAAGUGAGCCGGAUUGCCGGAUGUUCCAAUGGUCAAGCUUCCCAGAAUUGAUUAUGUCGGGGAAAAUUGACAGGACACCCUCAUAUUUGGCUGGUAAAAUACAUUAAAAUACCAUGCUUUCCGUGUGUAGAAGUCGGCUUCCCCAGCCAAGUCCGCCCAAGAUGGCCCAAGAUGGGCCAAUAGGACUGUACUAAAGUUGCUUCAGCUGGAAGCGUUGCUUAAAAGCAGGUGAGGAUGUGCAUUGAACCCCCAAAAAAACAUGGAGAUGGAACAUGAGAUCAUGACUGGCCAUGGGUUUUUGUUCCUUCCAUGCGAAAUUUCGGGGGCUGGCACCCCAAAUAAAUUGGAUUGUUCAAGACUCACGGUCAGACUCAUUGGUGCCUGACUCCAAAGAGUGCAGGAUCAGUUCUGGACAGACACUCAUUUUUGGAU